GGGAAUGUCUAACUUGUGACAAGGCUUGUUUUUUUUUUUUUUUAACAAUAAAUUCAGUGUUCCUGCCUUGCUCGAUUCAUAAACCGACAUUACAGUUAUCCAACCUCUUUGUUUUUAAUUUUUAUUUUUAAAUGUAAGCGGAUACGUCACGUUCCUGACGCAGCUUUUUUUACUAUUUAAUCACCUUUCUCAAGCUGUUAGCAACAUUAGCUUGCCAUGCAUGCGAGCUUGUUGCGAAAGUCAUCGACAACAACAUUCCUGUCUGGAUUAUAAAGUCAGUAAUCUGAGAGGUUAUCGUACUGACUGGCUUCAGGAAGAGAGAGGAGGCCGGGUAGAGUAACACAGGAUGUCUAUACAGUACGACGAGCCCACAUUAACGGGGAGUUACGGUGUUGUGGGGUCUUUUCCUAAAAGUUUUGGUUAUGGGGUUGAAGUGCCAGACAUGGAGGAGAUCUCCUCAUCAGCUGACAAACCCAGGAUCCUGCUGAUGGGACUCAGGCGGAGUGGAAAGUCCUCCAUCCAGAAGGUUGUUUUCCACAAGAUGUCGCCCAAUGAGACGCUUUUCCUCGAGAGCACAAACAAAAUCUACAAAGACGACAUCUCGAGCAGCUCCUUCGUCAACUUCCAGAUCUGGGACUUUCCCGGCCAGGUGGACUUUUUCGACCCCACGUUUGACAGCGAGAUGAUCUUCAAGGGAACCGGCGCUCUGAUCUUUGUCAUCGACGCUCAGGACGACUACGUCGAAGCUCUCGGGCGGUUACAUCUCACCGUUUCUAGAGCGUACAAAGUGAAUCCGGACAUCAACUUUGAGGUGUUCAUCCACAAAGUAGACGGUCUGUCAGACGACCACAAAAUAGAAACACAAAGAGACGUUCAUCAGAGGGCCAACGAUGAUCUGGCUGACGCUGCUCUGGAGAAGCUUCACCUCAGCUUCUACCUAACCAGCAUCUACGAUCACUCCAUAUUCGAGGCCUUCAGUAAAGUGGUCCAGAAGCUCAUUCCUCAGUUACCGACGCUGGAAAACCUUUUGAACAUUUUCAUAUCUCAUUCUGGGAUCGAGAAAGCGUUCUUGUUCGAUGUCGUCAGUAAGAUCUACAUCGCCACAGACAGCUCUCCUGUCGACAUGCAGUCCUAUGAAAUCUGCUGCGAUAUGAUCGACGUCGUCAUCGACGUCUCCUGCAUUUACGGGCUGAUGGAGGAUGGCAGCGGCUCUGCCUACGACAAAGAGUCUUUGGCCAUCAUCAAGCUCAACAACACUACAGUGCUUUAUCUGAAAGAGGUCACAAAGUUCCUCGCUCUGGUCUGCAUCCUCAGAGAGGAGAGCUUCGAGAGGAAAGGUCUGAUAGAGUAUAACUUCCACUGUUUCCGAAAAGCCAUCCAUGAGGUGUUUGAGGUGGGCGCCUCGACUCAGUGUGUCGGCCCGUCGCACAACAACCUGACCGGCCUGAAGUACGCCUCCGUCAACGGAAACGCUCUCUAAAAAGGCCGAGCGGAGACAACACACAGGUGGGACCAUGUGGAGAGAAAAAAAAGUAUCCUGUCAGACAAACGAUGCCUUUCUGUGUGAAGCUUAAUUCUGAAAGAAGCUGAGCUGCAGAUGAACUCUUAUCGACGGACGAUGAAUCUGAUCUACCCGCUCGCUCGUCCUCUCUCUGAAAAAGGGGGUCAAAGUUCAGUUGUUCAGACUCAUCUGUCGAGGAGAGAGAAGCAAAAAAAAAUGUUUUUUUUUAAAACAGCUCUCUGAGCAUUUUCCUGUAUUUAAAUAUCAAUGAAUUCAUUCAGCUGUGUUUACCUUCUUGGCCAGUUAAUUCAGUGUACUCUGCAAAAUGUUGACGAGCUCGAUGUCAAACUGAGAAACAUGGACCUCAGCUCGACCGGUAUUUCCAUGAACUCCACUUUACACUAAACCAAUGUGAUCCAUGUUCCUGCAUAUUUAACCUUCAGAUAUGGACUGCUGUGAGGGGAUUUAACCAGCACCGUGUUUCUUCUUCUCUGUGCUUCUGUUGAUAAGAAACGUCUCCCCGCAGACGGGACGCGUGCCAGUGACACCAUUAGAGCUUUUGAUCAACAGGCUAAAAGGGCCAAAAAAAAACAACCAAUCAAAUCCUUUUUCCUCUGACAUCCUGCGUCGACUUCUUCUAGGUGAUGAAUGUUUAAACCAAAUUCUCUUCUCAGAGUUUCAGUUUGUAGCAAAUGUUUUUACGUUCCUCGUUUAGUGUGCGCGCGGGACCCGAGUAAUGAUUCAGACACCAGGAUGAUUUGUUUUUUUGUUAUUGUACAUAAUUCUUGAAUAAAAUAUGUUUCUUAA